GCCAUAAGGGCGUCACCCCCUGCCUGAGCACCUGAGCUGAGCCCCCAGCCAGGUCCCAGGACAAUGGGAAACACAGUUAGCUGCUGCUUCCGUGCCAAUCCUGGCGACCGCCAGGAGGAGGAGCAGCGGCUGCAAGAUGAGGGCAUGAAGCGAAAAGUGGCACCAGGUAAGGCAGCAGAUUCUGUGGGAAACAGCAUUCUCCCACAUCAAAAAGAGGUAGCUGCAGGACUGGUGUCAGAGGGUUUGGCAGAUACCGCCAAGAGUGUGGCCUCUGAAUAUGCUGAUGAGGUGACUGGACUCAGAGAGCCUCCUGCAUCAGCAGUUGUCACCAGUCUGCACGUGAAUGCACCUGCUGCUGUGGACAACAGCAUGCAAGAGGUGGCUGCGGGGCUGGUGUCGCAAGUGUUGGCAGAGGCCACUGAGCUUGUGGAAGUAUUUAAUGUCACCCUUCCAGUGGACCAUCUAUUUGGGGAGGCUUCCUCGAAGAUGGUAAAUACCAGUCCGACUGAGAGUGUGCAAGCUCUCAAGGACGUUAACCUUAGAGAGGAGCGCUGCGACGGUGACAACAGGGACAGCGCCCUCCCCUGUGUUCCAGCUGAAAAAGCUGCACGGGCUGAGAUUAGAUCAUCCCAAGAGGACCCUGCCACCAUUGCACCGGCUGCAAAGCCGGAGGACCGGCUGGUUCAGAAUCCCUCGGCUGAGGGGGUGGUGAGUAUUGCUCCAAAGGGGUUUCCUCAGGUAAGUAGUGACAUUGAUGCCCAUCUGGACAGGUGUGGACAUCAGCCACUGUUUGACUCAUCCAAAGCCCUGGAUGGGGAACGGGAUGCGUCUCUGCACAGCAGUGAGGAUGAGCGGCUGCUCACCUCCGCCAUGCUUGGCACGGGUUUGCCCGUCAUGAAUGCUGAGCUUGCUGAGGCUAUCCCGCUGCACAGGAGUGAUAGUGGUCACUCGUUCAGCAUGGAGGGACAGCAUCCCGACAGUGGCCUUCAUCUCAAAUCUGUUCCCACUGAUGCUUCUGCAAGAGGCUCUGCUGCAGCCUCUACCGCCCGAGACAUGGUGUUUGGCCCGAGCACCAAGUCUAAGAGUGUACCCCUUCCCAAGUUGCUCGCUGAACUUGCGGCACUUCAGAGGGUUGUUGUGAGCUCCAAUAGUUCCGCUCACAGAGGGCUGGCUGGGAAUCUCCAGGAUGAGAGACCUGGAAGUGCUGGCAGGUGGAGCCCGGUGUCAGAUGGGAGUGAGGCCUGGCUUACUUGUGACGAAGACCUCUACUACAGCGAGGACGAGAUUGAGGAGGAGCUGGCGAGGCAAAGCCCCAUGGAGAUGCCUGUUCCAGAACAGGACCGAUGCAGCUUUGGGCCACCCGUUGCCAUUUUAACUCACUGCGAGAAGGAAUGGAAAGGGCAGACCACCGAAAGCACGGUCAUUAGAAAAGGCUACGCUGUGCUCUCCCGGGACUUUGGAUUCUUCCGCCGGGGAAGGGAAGACCACUACUGUGCCCUGAGAGCCUCCCUGUACCAGACGCUGGUGAGCUCUGCCCAGCUUCCCGACUGGCUGCAGCGGGAGAGUUUCUUAUUGAUCCCCGAAAAGCUUCAGUCUCGCUACGGUCUGAUUGAAGGCUGGUCGUUUCCCGACGUGUGCAAGCAGACGAGCGGGAUCAAAGACGACGUGGAUCUUUUGAGACACUACCUGAGCCUUCUCCAGAAAUGGUGGCGUGCGGCAGCAGCCUCUCCUGGGCUCGAGGGACGCAGACGUGUGUGCGAUCAGCUCUUCCAGGGCGGAGAGGACGAGUUUGGUGUCAUGGAGGCGCUCAAGCUCCUGAUGCUAACAUGCGCCGUGGAAUUGCACGACAUCAUGCAGAGAGGCAGAGACGUGCCAAUAUUCUGCUGGCUGCUAUUCUCCCGCUACACCUCCUCGUGCCCGCGCACGUUCCUGGCCAACCACCUGAGCCGGGUUGGCUUCAGUGGAGGCAUGGAGCAGGUGGAGAUGUGUCUCCUGGGUUACACACUGCACCGCACCAUCAAGGUGUACCGCCUCUACAUGGCCAACAUGAAGGACUUCAUUGUCACUCAUUACCCGGACAAUCACAUUCAGGACUGGCCCUCUGUCUGCCUGGUAACCGAGGAUGGCCGCCAUUACGACGUGGCUGUUGGCGACCCCGUCUGUCUUCGGGAGGACUUUUCUGGUGGACCUCACUGAUUGGCCAACCAGCAAUUUUGUUGCAGUUUGAUUGUUGACCCAAGUGACCAAGGUCCAAUCAUGGCCAAUUCAGGAUUCACUAUUUUACACCACCCAUGUUAAUUCGACACAUAAUUAAAAUAC